UAACUUCGCACCACGAAACUUGAACGCACAACAAACAGCAACGGCGACCAACCAACAAACCAACCAACAAACAGCGUGGUGAUGGUCGUGGCAGCAGCCCGCAGUGCAAGCGCAUCAGCUGCUGCUUCAACGGCUGAUCGUGGGCAUGGGCAGAGUAGAAAGAAGAAGGCAUCAGCCACACGCAAGCGGCAACAACACAGCAGCAAACCGCCACAAACGCGCAGACAUGGCAAGGCGCAAGCUCAACAACACGCGCACCAGACACAUCACACCACAAAGCCUGCCCCAACAACGGCAUGGUCCUUUGACCGACACUCGCUCGCCACAAACCGGCUGGCCCUGGCAGACCUCAUGCCCAUCAUCGGCUUCCCACGUUCCAAAUCCUUUGUGAAGCACGUGGACAACAUUGUGCGCAGCAAGUAUGGGCAGGGCCUCUUCGACACCAUCGUUGAUGACAACGGCCACGAACACAACAUUGCCGUGGAUCACCGCCGUCUCGAGAAGUUUGCGGCCCGCCUGGCCCGCCGCACAAAGGUGUUGACACGACGGCGCGACUGGCUGCAGAGCGAAUCGCGCCUCGUCUUUGGACCGGGCAUGCAGCCACUUACUUUGCGCGCGAACAAUGAGAGCACUGACAGCAACGGCGAUGAGGAUGGCAACCCUGCCGCUGAAAGCAAUGUUGUGAUUCUGAUGCUGCACGUGAGCGAUGCCACGCUGCAGAGCAAACCGUGGCGGGACCUGUUGGGCAAGUUUCUCUGCAACCGAUUCACGGGCGAACACGCCUUCAACAUCUUCCGCACGGGCCCGCUCGAAUCGCAUGCGUGCUUCGAGCACCCAGAGCCGGCAACGGUGGAGACGAUGCAGAGGGCUGUCGCGUGGCUCGCCGCGCUGCCCACAAACACAUCCGCAGGCGACGUGCUGGACUGCCUCAACACCGUCCACAUUGCGCACCCGAACGCCACCUUGCACAUGGUGGUAGAGGGCGUCAUCACUGCGCCAUCGCUCGUGCAGUCGCUGUGCGAAUCGUUCCGCACGCGCGUGAGUGUGUCCGCGAUCAACACUGGGCCCGGGAGCGACGCUGUUCUUCAGGCCAUCGCCACGGCGACUGGCGGUCGCUUCCACAGCUACACGGGCGACGUGUCGUCCCCAUUCUUCGACGGCACCCCGGCCAGCCCAGAACUCACCCAGCUCCUCGCAGAGAUUGCCGAAGCGCGGCGCAUCCAGGGCCUGAUUGAAGCCAUCAUGGUCGAGGAGGAGUACAAGCGCAGGCACGCCGCAGACAUGAUGCACGCACAGUCCGCAACAGCACAAAAGGGGCAGCAGUCCCCUGCAAAGAAAGAGCAGGAGGAAGCAGACUGGCUCGCCCUCCACAACCUGAAAGCGCAGAAGCUGGACUUUUAUUCCGCUGUAAAGCCAGCAACGUUCAAGCACGUGCAAGAUGACAUUAACAUUUUGGAGUACACGGGCAAUGACGACGCUUUUGGAGACACGGCGCCAGCAACAGCAAAGGCGGUGAUGGUGCAUGCGCACUCCUGCCGCAACAUUCCUCGCAUUCGCUGGAAGAACGGCAAGGAUGCACACGUCUUCAUCACAGACACCAUGAUGCGAAACUACGAGGAGAAAGUUCGAGCCGCCCUUACGCAAUAUCAGCGCCAUCUUGCUCGCUACGAGCGGUCGAGCGUGUCGGCGUUUGGCGUGUGCGAGCACGAGCGCAUUGCGAUUGCCGUGGAUAUGUCGGACUCGAUGGCGCAGCACACAAGGGACGUGGCUCGCCUCAUCGCUGCGUUCCUCAGGGAACAGGCUGUCCCCUUCAAGCGGGAGUUUACGCUGAUUGCGUACGGUGACGCCGUGGUGCCGUGGACAGACGCGCCCGUCACAGCAACAAAGGAGGCGGCAGCAGACGCCGUUGAGUGGCUGCGCGCGGUGCGCACGCUGGGCUCCACCAACACCCUGGCAGCAUUGCAGCACGUUGCGCAAGUUCCGGACCUCAACGCCGUUUACAUUGUAUCGGACGGCCUGCCCAACCAGCCCACGAGCGAGGUGGAGAUUUUCGCCGAGCGACUGCACGAGGACAAAGGGGUUGUGGUCAACACUGUCUCGUUCAACUGCCGCAACCGGCGCGCAAACGACCACCUCCACGCCCUCGCCAGCGCAACGCAGGGCACCUUCCAGUACCACCUUGCGACACCAUAUGAUGCGAACACGCUGACGCCCGAGCUGCUGAGCGACGCUGUUGGGCCGCCGCCGCUGGGGGGCCUGGACGUGGCGCAGUCGCUCAGGCGCGAGAUCAUUGCUGCACACCGGGCGCUGCACCGGUUCACGCAGCUGUACCACGAGUGCCAGGCAGCCAUGCUCGGGGUCGACGCAGCCACGCUCGCCAGUGACGUCAACAAGCAAGUCAACGGCCUGCGCAAUGGCACCAACGCCGCCAACGCCACCAGGGACAGCACAGCCAAGGGCAAGGGCAACACAAGCGUGCACGGCAGCGACAGGGACAGCGGCUCCGUACAUGAGCCAAUCCUGCUGCCUGCACCAGAGAUUGCGCAACGCACAACGUCGGUGCGCGGUUGUGCACGGGAGCAGCGGACCCCAUCGCCGGUUCGCGUUGCAGAGCGUGUUUGGGACACCCGCAGCGUGAACAGCGUUGCACGCGCGCGUGUGUUUGAUGCAGACCUUGCCGCCGAGAAGGAAGAGGAGGAGGCGGAGGAGGAGGAGGAGGCCAGGCAGAGGGAGAACGAUCGCAGUUUUGCUGAGUCAGCAUCCCCAAACCACAGCAGCAGCAGCAGCGGCGGCGGCAGCGGACGCAAGAAGCGAGCUGCUGGUGGCAGGAGGCGGACCAGAAGCAGCAACCGCGGUGACGAUGGUGACAGCAGCGAUGGGCACAUUGAGGAGUACUCUGAAGAUGAUGCUGACGAGAGCAGUGCCAGCAGUGACGACGAUGACGAGAGCGUUGCUUCGUCUGAGGACGCAUCAACCGCCACCAGCAUGGCAUCAACUGCCACGGGCACGGGCACUGGUGGAAGUGCGGGUGAAAGCGACCACGUCACCAACACCAACGACAAGAAGGGCGGCAAGCACCGCUCCUCUGCUGGUGGCGACAGCUCUCAUCGCCACCAUCAUCAAGAUGGCAGUCGUGGUGAUGCGACAACAAGCCGCCGUGCGUCAAACACCAGGGACGAACGCAAGCGCAAUCCUUCUCAGGGCGGGUCAGCGCGAGAGAACGCAACAGCCAAGACAGCUCCAUCCUCGUCAUCGUUAUCAUCGAAGCACACUCCGUCGCAAUCGCGGCACCAGGCACACGGAAAGGGCACGAGGAAGACAGCGCGCAGCACACGAGCACCACGAUCGACACCAAUGAGAAGCAGCAGUAACAACAGCGGCGCCAACAACGGCAGCACCAGCAAUCGUCACAAGGGCAAGCAGACGCCCUCCCCCGCGAAAAGUAAGCAGGACCCGUACCAGUACAUGAGAGACAUGCGGCUGCCAAAAAAGACGGAUUUGUCGCAACCAACGCGCUUGUGGCUUGAAUCAUAUUCACUGGAGAGCCUGAAGCUGACGCUGCUACAGGUGCUGCAGCCGACCGUGGUGAAGCAUUGCAGCGAAUACGUCCACAGCAUUGGGCGCACCGUCCACGCAAAGGCGCUGAGCGACGUGUUCAACUUCUACAAAGUGGAGGCAGACGGGGAGGUGCUGUUCGUCAAUCCUGCCGCCGCCAACCUCAACUUGUAUCUGGACAGGCUUGAUGCUGUCGAGCAGGUGUACUGCAAGCGGUUCCUUGCGCACGCACGCACGCGCAUGACAACAACACAGCGGCUGAGGAUGGCGCGUGUUGCGCCGGCAGCGCGCAUGGAGGUGGCGAGUACUCUGCUUGACGAGUGGUCACAGGCGAUGCAGAGCAGCGACGAGCAUGGUGACGGCAGCAAGAACGGUGGCGGUGAUGGUGCGCAUGCCAAUGCUGCGAUGGGUGAUGGCAGCAACGGCAGCGGCACUGCUGUUGAUGACAAGCGCAAGAGCAGUGUGCCCGCGCUCCAACUGUCUUCGUUCUCCUCAACACCGGCCAACAACAAGAGCACCGCCGAUGAGGAUGGGGAUAGCGAUGAGAGCAGGACAGUGCGCGGGAUGCUGCUGCUGCGGCAAGAGCUUGAUCGCGUCCACGACAACCGCCGCCGCACAUACGCCCUCCUCAAGGACAUGGCGGCGAACAAGAAGGAUGCGAGCAGAGCAGAGGCGCAGACGCUGCCGAUGCGCAGCAGCCUGUUCGACAUGCUGGAGAAUGCUGGCGUGACGGUGGACCCCAGCAUCAGGCGCAGCGCACGCGACACAACAGCGAACGGAGAGGACAUCCAUUCUCAUGAUCACGAUGAUAAUCUCGAUGCCGUUGGCGAUGGUGGUGGUCGUGGAGGUCCGUCCGACCGCCACCGCCGCCACCGCGCUGCUGGUGGGGCGCGGGGCGCGAGUGCACGUGCACGCCCGAGAUCAGCCGGAUUUCUGCAGCGGAAGGAGCAGGCGUCACGAACACGCGUAACGCGACGUGCACACACACGUGCGGGUGGCCGCAGCGGCGCCCGUGGUGCUGGCAGCAGUGGCGCUGUGCUGGAUGAUGUUGAUGAUGGUGGUGUGCGCAAUGGUCAUGCCGUGCAGGCGACACCAACACGACGCAAGGGCGACAGCAUCAGCAAGAACACUGCCAAGAAGAAUUCCACCAACACACAGAAGAGCACAACUAACACCAAGAGGAGCACCAAGUUCAACAACAACAGCAAUAGCAGUAACAACAAGGCGCGCCGCCCGCGCACCACCACAGCGGUCACACCCAAGUCCACGUCGACGCCACCCGUGAAUGCGUCUGCGCACCGCCACGUGCGCAUACCGCGGUAUCUGCGGGCAGGAGAUGUGCAGCGCAUGAAGCGAAGUGGUCGCGCAGGCUCGGGGCGCCAUUGCAGUGGUGCUGGUAAUCGUGAUCAUGAUCUUCGCCGUGGUGGCGAUCGUGCUCGUGGUGAUGACGGUGAUGGUGAAGAGGAGGGACGUCGCACGCGCGGGUGGAGCCUGCGCGACGACUUGGCGACAGCACUGCACUCGAGCGAAAGCUGGGACGAGGACGGUGACGUGUUUCAGCACAUUGGUGAAGACGAUGACAUGUACGAUGAUGGCGACCUUGGCUACAAUCGUGGUGCAGUCACUGAUCAUGAUGAUCAUGAUGAUGAUGAUGAUGAUGAUGAUGGUGAUGAUGGCGGUGGUGGUGUUAUGAGACCCAUCAGCACCCAUCACCGCCAGCGUCGCGCCCAACAGCUAUCGCGACCUGGCACGCACGUCCUCGCCGUGGACGCGCAGAGCGGACGGCUGUUUGCGGCCAAAACUGCCGGUACCACUACAGCUGGCGACAUUGCACUACACUUUGACGAUGAGGAGCAGGAGGAGCUGGACGGGCUGGACGCGUCCCCAACGAUUGUCCCUGUGCACGACGUGUAUUUGCGGUGGACAAAUUGUCCGGUGGCUGUCCGCAGAGGCAACGAGUCUGCGUGGCUGCCUGGAACAGUUUCCGACACCACAACUUCACCGGAUGGUGCUGCCUUUACCGUCAUCGCCAUCAACGGUGUCCAAGUGCAUCGCGCUCGCGAUGAAAUCGUGAAGAUUUCGCGACGACAGCACGACCGUCUCCUCGCCCAGCACCAGUCAACACUCGACCAACACAUCCACAAGCUCAGAUCACAGCUGCAGACUAUUGAGCUGUUGGAGAGCAGUGCUGCGAAGACAGGCCGCCGUCAGAAGACAACGCGUGCAGGGACGCGUGCUGGUCGUGGUCGCGAUGGUGAAGAUGUGUGCGCCGUCGACCGAGAGCAGCCGGCAUGGCGGGAGGAGUCGUGGGCCGAAGCAAACGCAAGUGAGAGCUUGUCGUCAGAUGACGAUGGUCGUGAUGAUGAUGACGACGAUGAUGACGAUGGUGGUGGUGACGAUGGCUUGGGUGGCGAUGUUGAUGAACGCAGCACGCGCCCCGGUCGCAGUCACCAGGCACGUGGCUCCGUCGGCAAGACCGCCAGCACACAGACCCUGCAGUCUGACGUUGGGCCCGGUACACCUCCUGGCACCGUGCCCCAGACCCCAUUGCAUCAUCAUCGCCUCGAUACCGCCAGCAGCCCUGGCGCCAUGACAGCGAGCUUCUUGGGCCACUCGCCAGGCCUUCAACAGACGCUUGAUUGGGACGUGCACGACUUGGGCGCGUCCCUGUAUGGGGAGCAGCCAUCGCCAGCCCUGACGCCGCAGCAGCAGCAACACCAGCAUCAGGGCGUCCUGUCGGCAGUGCCUGCAAACAUCUUUGUGACGGAACCAGCAACGCCUGGUCCAGCAUCCACGAACAGAAGCGACAGUUCGCUCGCAACGCCCUCGCCGUCUGUGACCAUGUCCACGCCCACCAACCUCCUGUCCAUCCCGCACACAGGGAAUGCUGCGCUCGCAUACACGCCGUCGCCUGGCGACACGAACCAGAGCCUGACGUUUGGUGUUGCUGUUGAGAUGGCAAUUGAACGCACACUUGCCAUUGUGUUUCCGCGCACGUUUGCCGCUGGGGGCGCUGAUAUGGCCAUCAACCAGGACGCACGCGAAUUCUUUUGGGAAUACCGUAGUCAGCACGGCGUGUAUGACGCAUUGGUGGAAGCAUUAUCCGAAGGCCCCUGUCACGUGGCAGUCCUCUCAGGCCCGGGCGUUAUUGCAUCAUGGCGUCGCAUGAUUGGUGCGGACGUGAAUGGCAACUCUGUGAACGCGCCACUGCUGCACGGAAGCCAGUCCGUCUUGCAUGCUGAGCGGGAGAUUGCCUUCUUCUUCGACCCAAAGCAGCGAACCGUCGUCGUCUCGGAUCACGAUCGGGAUGCACAGGCGUGCACGCGCGCGCUCGACCUUGUUGGCCAGGCUGUGCUUGCACGCUGGCAUGAGGAUGGCUGGUUCUACAUCACGCUUCUUCGCGACUAUCUUGGCGGCGGCGUCUACUGCGUGGAGGACGAUCACAUGCUCGUCGAAAGCGUGGCGGACAACACGUUGAUUUCACUGGACGACUGCGAGCGGCCGCGUGCUGCCGGGGCGAAGGUGCUGGCAGAGCACCCGCUCUUUGACGAGAGUUUCUGCCCCGGUGAAGUGCAGGUGGACAAGGAUGGCGAUCUUGCUGUCGUCUUCUAUGACAAUACCGGCAUUCCCCUCUGCGACGUCACCGCUUACACGCUGCCAGAUCAGGGGUUGUACGAGAGCUUGUGCGCGUUCUGCAAUGAGCGUGACAAUGCGUGGGUGGGCAUGCGUGUGGUGUGCCGCUAUGACGAAGACAAUUUGUACUACGAAGGAACCGUGCUCAGUCGUCUCUCACGCAGCGGCCGCUGGUUCAAGAUCUCGCUCGACGACGGUCAUGUUGUCCGCGCGCAGGAGCCGCGCCAUAUGCUUGCGCACUCGCGCGAUGGCGAAGGGGAGCACGUGCUUCGAGCAGGGGACCACGCCAUUGCUCUCCACUACCACGGCGAGCCUGGCGACCCUUACGAACACAGCAUCUUCGGCCCAGCAAAGGUGUUGGCGAGCACGCUGCAUGCGAUUACGGUCCGGUUUUGGGACGGCAAGAAGUGCCAGCUGCGACGGAGCCAGUGCUAUUUCGUAUCAAAGCAGUACUACCAGGCGGCGUGUGAGGCGCUGGAUGAAUGA